CAGAGGGACAGGUUGCCCUUCAUUUUUUGUUUUACUUAGAUUUUACUUACUUUUUCACUCAAAUAUCAAACCAUCAAUUUUCCUACAUAAUACAUCCCACAGCUAUUUGAAACGUGGACUGUUUUUUAUUAUCACUGGUUAUACUGGAUUUGAUCCAUGGUUAUUUUGAUUUGGGCUGUUUCCUUCUCUUAUUACUGAUGACAAUCCAAGAUAAAAGAUUUCUUGGAAAAGUUUACAUAGGCAUUCUGUCUGCUGUGCUAACCAAGCAGCUAUUGGUGGUAGUUCCUCAGCUAGAGAUGUAUUAAUGGUGAAUCUAGAAAUACAGAAGCACCAUGACCUGGAGACAAAAAGCUGGACUGAAUAAGAAAAUUAGGACCCACACCACCAUUUAGGGGUGGGCUGUGGUGGUAACUCACUCUGAGUGUUGUCUGACACAAACUGCAUGCAACACUGUGGGCCAUUGUAGGAGCAGCUGGUUAUAAAGAGAACGGCUUUUCUUAAUGGACUUCAGGCAGAAGAGAACUGAAACAUAAUGCGAGACCAGAGUUGAAUUCUGGGGUGUGUGAGCAACACACUUUCAUUCUCCUGCCCAGGAAUCUUUAAUGUUACAAUGCAGCAGAUUCAAGGGAAGAACCUGCUAAAUGGGUAAACUUCACGAAUGGAUUGGGCUGACUUUGAGUCUUUUAGGCCUUCUAAUAGAUCCUGGGUUUGGCUACUACAUCAUAGAAGGACCCAGAAAUUUAACUGUUCUAGCUGGUUCAGAUGCCCGAUUUAAUUGUACAGUGUCGGAUGGGUGGAAAAUUAUAAUUUGGCUUUUUGAUGGAAGCCCCAAGUUGUCUGUGCUGAGUACUGGCCAAAUUAUUCAAACUGAUCAAAGAUACAAUCAACAAAGUUAUAGGAAUGGCACCAGAUUUACUUCAGAGCUUAUCAUGUAUGAUGUCCAGCUGAAUGAUUCCGGCCAAAUAAAAUGCAGUAUCCAGGAUGCAGAUGACAAUAAAUAUGCAUUUCUUUCUGUUCAAGUUAAAGGAUCUUUGGAUAUCAAAGAUAGGAACUUCACAGUAAGAAUGAACCGAACAAUUAAUAUAGUUUGUGAAGCUCUUGGAUGGGCUCCUGCUCCACACAUUUUCUGGAUGGCAAAUAAUAUUUCAUUAGAUAAUUCAGUGUAUGUUACCAGCCAGCAUCAAGGACUGAACGGCUUGUACAAUGAAGAGAGCAUCUUAACCCUGACACCAAUGACCAAUGUCACAGUGACUUGCUUAGCUGCCUUAGAUGCACUCUCUAAACCUCAGUAUGCAACUGUGAAUGUAACUGUGUAUGAACCCUCUCCAAUAGAAUCUGAUAAAAAUGAAGAUUGGCGAACCCGAACUAUAAUUUUAGCAGUUGUGUUGUCAGUUGUGGGUUUACUCCUUCUGAUCCUUAUUAUUCUGCUUAUUAUAUGCUGCUGCAAGAGAAAGAAAGAGUCCAACUAUCAAAAGGAGAUGAGAAAGGUUUCAGGGAAGAAAACCCCUGACAAAAAUUUGGAGACACAGAGUCACAUUGGAGAGGUUAAUUAUGGCUACAAUCCAGAGGAAACAAAGCAUGCUGAGAAAAUGACAGGGGACCCUGCUUUCUUCACAGUCAACACGGACACUUAUGCUUCCAAAGAUUUAAAAGUGAGGCCUCCAUCGCAGGCUGCUUAUUAUGGACAUCAUGAUGGAGUACCUCCCUCAGGAAUUCCUGCUUACCCAGUCAGUCCAAGAAAAAUCAGAAAUGUGACACAUGUAUAGAAACAGUCGCUCUGUGGUCUUUGGCUUUUGAGUACCGCAUCCUCCAAACUACUGUUCCUUGCCAUUUUUGCAUUAUCUGGUAAUAAACCUAAAAAAUUAGCACUUUUACAAGAGCAACAUGUUCCAUUGUUUUACCCGAAAACUAGCAAAUGCCAUUCUCUGGGGUAAUUUAGCUAAAGAACCAUUUCCUGCUGUCUUUUUCCACAAAAAAUUGCUACUUGGAAUAACAACAUAGUGGGUAUUUUUUCUUUUAAUAUUCAUGAGGAAGAAUGCUAUGAAAAAAACCUUUUAUUAUUAAGCUCUUUGGGGUAGAUCCAACCUUAGGUGCAUGUGAGUGGGUAGAUAAAGCAGGCCUCCUGCUGGCAGCCUCUGCAGCUACUCAGAAGAUCAGUGAACACUGCUGAAUGAAGUGCGUUGUGGUGCGUGGUAGAGGAGGGAUGCCCCCAGACUGGGCAAAGACACCUUCUAUGAGCAGAUCCCUUCUGUCAGUGGAAGGCAGAUCAUGGUUGAUCCAUCUGAAGGUUCCUUUGUUUAAAUCAUAUAUAUCCAAAGAUCAACUUUUAUUCACUUACACUGGAAGAUGAGAGCAAAUGCUAAUUUUAUUUUUAAAAUAUAAGCGUUUCUGACAUGGGGGCCGGGGCUAAUAUUUAUUAUUUCAGCAUGAAAUGAUUUAUUUCUGGUCUGCAUAACACUGAUAGCUGUAAUAUGGCAAGGAGAUCAAAGCAGGAAUAUCCAGGGUGAUCACAUAAAAGAAGACUAACUGGAGUGGUGGACAGAUAAAAGGGUUUUAAAUUAUGGUAUAUUCUAAAGCAGAGGUUGUGUUGUUUAGAUCUAACAUAUUUGUCAGCUUGUCAACUAAAAUGCUUGUUGUUCUAUUAGUGUAAUUAAUAUUUAAGUUCUAACUGUAAAUGUGCCUGCAACUCAGUUAUCCCAAGAUACCAGAAACUACUGUUUUGCAGAUGAGGAUGAUUGUUGUUAGUCGCGAAGUCAUGUAUAUUGCAUUUAAUAGCUCACCUUUAUUUGAUUCUAUUUCAAUCAUUUACUGGACAUAUGCUCACUACCUUCCUCUUGCUCAACUGUUCAUUAAAAAUAGAUUCAAGUAAGACUUAUUGAAAUCGGUGGUCUUUCUUCAAAGAAGCUAAGUUUAUGAUGCAUAAAAAUGGAUUGUAGUAACAACUUCUUUUCUGUUGGGUCUUUGCAUAAGAUAUCAAUGAUUGUCCACUGCACAAUGGACUCUACAUUACUGUUGCACUAUACAAAUAAAACAGAUACAUUUUCUUCCUGAA